UACGUGAUCAUACAAACCACAGAAAAAGAGCAGUAUAUAUAGAGGUCAGAAUUAGGGAUGUCAUGCAGCAGCAGCAGCAUGCAGUAUUAGCAGCCGCACGAGCAGCUGAUGAUUAUGGACACAACCUUUCUACUCGAUGAAGCCGAUCGUGCGAACUUCUUCCGGUUGAUAAUGCAGUCAAUUGGGCGCUACACUCACAUCUGCCUUUGGUUAUAUUCGCCCCACCCUUCCAACUGUUUAUACUUCAUGGAUGGAUUCUUUUACGAAGAGAACAACCAGCCUAGCUCUUCUUCAGGAAGUCGAGCUCGGAGGCUUUUUGACGAGUACCGGAACAGCUCGUUUCCGAUGGUCGAAAAUGAAUGUGUUCCUGGACUUGCUUUCAGGAACAGUCGUCCUUAUAUGGAAGUCCAAGAAUUAAACCUUCAACGUCUGGCAUCAACCGAAGCACAGCGACUAUUCUAUCAGGAAGCGAGGAUUAAGACUGCAGUUUUUAUGGGGUGUAAGAGUGGGGAGAUUGAGAUAGGCUUUGCCAAUGUGUCUCAGCUUGACAUUGAAAAGGAAAUGAAGAACUUGUUCCCCGAUGAUUUGUCCCGAAGUUUUUCUCCAAUUGCAGAGCCUUUCUGGCGUCCGGAUCAAAACCUGCCUUCAUCAUCUUCAUCGUCCUUGAGAUCACUAACCGACAGCCCCGAGUACUCAUCCCUUCUGUUCAACAUUCCAAGCACUUCCCACUUCCCUGAAGCCCUUAGAGAUCAGGUUCCCACAAUGGCAAUGCCUCAAAUGCCAACAAGCACAAGUCCUCACCAUCAAGCCCUCCAAGCACUUGCAGCAGCAGCGAAUAUUCAAUUCCCAGCACCUGAAACUGAAAAUUCUGCCAUUGCAAGAGCUAUUCUCAACGUUCUAUCUUCACAUUCUUCUUCUUCUUCGCUAUCAUCGCAUCAAACCCAACAAAAUUUACCCUAUGGUAGUCAUCGGGAAAAUUCAAAGCCUAGUGCUUUCAAGAGUUAUGUUUCGGCUUUAGGACCAAGAACUAGUACCCAAAUUAGAGCAAAUAAUGCACGUAGGCAAAGCUUGCUUAAUAGAUCGGUUUUGUUCUAUAGAAGCUUGAAUUUUCUCAGAGUUCGUGAACGCAUGCAAACAACCCGCCCCACAAGCACUCAGUUGCACCACAUGAUCUCAGAGCGCAAAAGGCGUGAAAAACUCAAUGAAAGCUUUCAGGCUUUGAGAUCACUUCUUCCUCCCGGAACUAAGAAAGAUAAAGCUUCGCUGCUUACUACGACAAGGGAGUAUUUGAGUUCUUUGAAAGCUCAAGUUGCAGAGCUUACUAGGAGAAACCAGCUUUCGGAGGCUCAACAGCUUUUGUCUGCUAAAGAAGUUAAUGAAGAGGAAACCAGUUCCUCGAAUGAAAGACUCAUGGUUCGGAUUUCAGCCGUGUCGGGAUCAAGUAGCCCAGAUCAAGAGCGCAUAGUUGAGUUGCGUGUGACUGUAAGAGGUGAAUGUCCAAUGGAGGAUAUGACCAUUCGCAUUUUGGAAUUCCUGAAGCAGGUCCAGAAUGUAAGCUUGGUGUCCAUGGAAACCAACAUCAUCCAGAUGACAGAAUCAACCUCUUCAACUCGCAUAACCAUGAGAUUAAGAAUUGUGGGGAACGAUUGGGACGAGGCUGCCUUCCGGGAAGCAGUGAGACGGGUUGUUGCUGAUUUGGCAUGAUGACAUCCAAUCACUCUCGGCCUCCACAUACUUUUCUAUGCACCAAAGUUGACUAAAUUAAUUUCUGCGGCGGCGCCUGGCCCAUCGAUGUCGACAUGAGGGGUUGCUUUCCUACUUUAAUAAACUAAUCACAUCCUUUCAUCUCGUGGGAGCAUUUCAAUUUGGAGUUCAACAUAUUGUAUGGAUUUUCAACUUAUAGUGCGUGAUCAUGAUCAUUAAGCACAUUUUUGUACCCAUCCUAGCAUUAAUCAAUUAAUGUAUUAAUAUUCCAU